AUGGACUUCCUCAAGUCGGCUGUCGCGUCCGCGAUCGCGAAGGGGAGCUCGUUCCCUUUUUCCUUGGGUGAUAGAGUUGAUAUUGGCGAUUCGAUCUGGACGCUUCAUAAUGGGACGAGACGGGAGGAUAGCUCGGUUUGCAGUGUGUUUACCUUCGACAUCGCGGCGAACAAGGCCCGGCUCCCGCUGGCGAAGAAUGCGGUGCGCAAGUCGAGGACGUUGCGGCAUCCCGGUGUGAUCAAAGUUUUGGAUACGAUUGAGACCGAAUCCAACCUCUAUAUCGUGACUGAGCGAGUCGCCCCGCUCGAGUGGCAGGUCAAACGACGGAGUUUGAGCGAGGAGACGGCGAAAUGGGGGUUGCACACUAUAUCGUCUACCCUCAAGUUCAUCAACGAAGAUGCAUCUUCCGUCCAUGGCGCUGUUCGCGCAUCAUCCGUCUACACGAGUGAAAGUGGUGAAUGGAAGCUGGGAGGGUUUGAUAUUUUGAGUUCCAUGAAAGAAGAUGAUGCCACCAUCUAUACAUACGGAAGCCUCCUCCCUGACGCAGCUCGCUACACACCCCCAGAAGUCGUCAAGGGCGGCUGGGAUGUCAUCAAGCGUCAUCCGCUGGCAGCAGUGGAUGCCUAUGGACUCGGUAUUCUCAUAUUUGAGGUUUUUAAUGGUCAUUUUGCUGGCGGUGAUCAAGUCGGAAAGACAACCAAUAUUCCGCCCAGCAUGCAGCAAAGCUAUAAACGUCUAUGCACUGCAAACCCAAAACUACGGCUGAGCCCGGCGCAUUUUGUUGAUCAGGGCAAGAAGCAUGGCGGAUUCUUCCAGACAUCCCUGAUCCGCUUGACGGAGGAUGUGGAGAGUUUGGGACUGAAAAGUGACGCUGAACGGGAGGAGUUUAUUAAUGAACUUGACAAUCUCUCCGACGAUUUCCCCGAAGACUUCUUCAAAAUGAAAGUUCUCCCCGAGCUGCUCAAGUCCGUCGAAUUUGGCGGUGGUGGGCCGAAGGUCCUUAGUGCUACGCUGAAGAUCGGCUCAAAGCUAUCAGCAGACGAGUUCAAUGCCAAGUUGACACCCGUUAUUGUGCGGUUAUUCGGCAAUCCUGACCGUGCGCUGCGUGUGUGCCUUUUGGAUAACCUACCGUUGAUGAUUGAUAAUCUGCCGCAGAAGGUCGUCAACGAUAAGAUCUUCCCUCAGAUGACCUCUGGCUUCACCGAUAUUGCUCCCGUAGUCCGUGAACAGACUGUUAAGGCUGUUCUGUCCGUCAUCAAUAAACUCAGUGAUAGAGUUAUCAACGGAGAGCUACUCAAGUUCCUGGCACGCACGGCGAACGACGAGCAACCUGGUAUUCGUACUAACACGACCAUUUGCCUGGGAAAAAUUGCAAAGAACCUGGGAGAUAGCACUCGAUCCAAGGUGCUUAUCGCCGCAUUUACAAGAUCUAUCAGGGAUCCAUUCGUGCACGCCCGAAAUGCAGGCUUGCUCGCGCUGUCUGCUACCAUCGAUUCAUUCACAGAAGAAGACUGUGCUGGCAAACUCCUACCAGCUAUCUGCCCUGCACUUCUGGAUAAAGAGAAACUCGUCCGUGACCAAGCGAACAAAACACUUGACCUUUAUAUCCAGCGAGUUCGCAAGUUCGGCAGCACAAUGGCGGACACAGUCCUUCCGCCACCCACGAGCUCAACCCCGGAGCCCAACAAAUCAGACGCCCGCAUCGGCAACUCGAACGACAAGUCCUGGGCUGGGUGGGCCAUCUCCUCCUUCACCAACAAGCUCGCAGCCGCGGACGGCGAAAUUGUACCCACAGAAGCCCCCAGCAAACCCGCUGAAGACAUCGCCCGCCCAGCCUCCGUCCCACACCCCGCCAACAGCGCACCCCUCUCCCGAUCCCAAUCAGACCGACCCGUACCCGUCGUCCAAGACGAAUGGCACGACGCUGAGGAAGGAGACGAUCUUCUUGACGCGUGGGGCGCCAUGGAUGACGACGAUGAGAGUAAUGUAGACCCCUUCACCGCAGCCGUAGCCUCUCCCACCACCUCAUCUCCGGAUCCGGCAGCUAGCAAAGCGCCCGCUGUCCCCUACGACGAUGGCGGCGAACCUGAUUUCGCGGGCUGGCUGGCUGCGAAGAAUCAGGCGAAGACAAAGAAUCCUUUGCCUAAGGGAUUGGCGAAGAGCACGCCUGCUGCAAAGAAUGCUGCGGCGAAGCCGAGGGUUGUGGCUCCGGCUAAGAAAAUUGAUACGAAGCCGAAAGAUGAGGAUGCUGAUGAUGGGUGGGGGGAUGCUUGGGACUAA